UUCACGUCAUCAUUUAUUGUUUUGAUUCAGUGCUUUCUUUAAUUAAAAUCAUCAUGAACACUUACCACGCUGCACUUUGGCCCUCCACUCUUUCUCCCGAAGACAAUCAUUACAACAAGCAAGAGUAUGAAAGAGUGGCAGGAGUAAACUGAAAGCAAUCAAUUCAGCAAGAUUAAAGUGACAAGUGGAUUUUGCACCCCUCAAAACACAGGAAAUAGAUGGCAAAAAAAGAAGAUCCUCAGAUGGUGUUAAUAAAGCACUCCGUACCAGUGAUAGUGGUCCAAAGCCACUGUUCCUGUGUUGCAGGAAGUGCUCUGUGCAAUCAUCUGGUGGCCCUUCUUUCCCAGACAGUGCACUACUCUCAACUAAACAUUCCUGUUGCACCACCAGUGGAUAUAUGCCUGAUAUGGACCUUCUCUGCAUCUCAGAAAUGUAUGCCAACUUUUCUCCACUUACUGCCCCUCUUCUGAUAUUUCCAUUGUCACCUGAUGUGCCCCUGGUUGAGUCCACCUUUGGGCCAGUGCAAUGCGGCAGUGUUCUGUCCUAUCAGCUUCCACAGCCAAAGACCUGUGAAAUUGUAAAGAUUGCUGAUGCCCCUUCUCCACCAAUACUUCCAUUAGAUGGCUACAGGCUUCAGGCUUCCCAGUGUGCUUAUGUCCUUAGCCAUCAGGAGCAGUUCCACCUCAAUGCAUUAGAGACAACCUACAAGAUAUCACACAAAGUCGAGGUUGAACAUCAGCUCAGGAAAAUGAGAAUAACAUCCUCUCUUUUCCAAGAGGUUUGCCAUGUCCUGGGAGAGACCUCAGCUGACCACCUAGCUGAGCGGAUGUUCAAGGGAUCUGGUAUACAGACCAUGGAGAUGAAGAGGGGGCUAGCCAUGGAGCCAGUGGCUGUACAGGAGUACUGCACACUGAAGAUUGUUAACUUCUUUCCGUGUGGCUUCGUAGUGCACCAAGAUGCUCCGUGGUUAGGAUCCUCUCCAGAUGGCAUCAUAUUUGAUUCCAGUGUUAGACCAGACUUUGGACUCUUAGAGGUGAAGUGCCCAAAUGUACCAAGUUAUGUUGACUGCUCUUACCUGAAGAUACAGAAUGGAGAGCUGAAGUUGAAGAGAUCUCAUGCUUACUACUGGCAGGUGCAAGGUGAAAUCCUUCUCACAGGUUGUAGCUGAUGUGACUUUGUCAGUUGUGUACAGGAGGACAUCCUAGUCUACAGGUUUCAAAAACUAUAAGAGAGAAGGUUGACCACUUUUAUUUUUACCAGUACUUGCAGAAGUGUCUCUCGCACCUGACUGGAUCCCCUGCAUGGGUGGCAAGUUUAGUGGUUUUAUGAAAAAUAAGUAUUGAUGUUCUUGUGAAGAAAUCUAGUGAUUAGAUUUGUUUUAAAAAAUGUAUUUCAGCAAAUGUUCAACUGUUCAGUUAAUCAAUUACACAUCUAACAUUGUAUUCAAUCUUGCAUUCUGGUUAUUCUGUGUUUACUUGAUUUCUUUCCCCCACCCCUGUCACUCAUUGCCUAAUUAAAGCCAAUACAAGCUCCACACAAACUGAUAUUCACUACAACACAAAUGAUUGAUACAUGUCGUAGAUAAACAUAUUAUUUUGCUGCUAGCAAAUAAACACAUGUACAUUUACACUGGCUUGCCCCAUGCUCUGGACCGGAUCAGAGACGGCACAGUCCACAGGCAGUGCACCUUGUUCUUCAUCCCCCUCAGUCGGUGCAGGAGGUUUCAGUCUUCUUUCCCGAACACCAGGUCUCUUUUUGAAUUUGCCAGUUCCACACGAAUACAGUAGGAACAACAUCUCUUUUUAGCUAUUGUCGCACCCCAAUUUUUCCCUCAACAAAGUCA